CCAACCGCCAUAAAACAAAAAGAAGAAGAAGAAGAAGAAGAAGAGUUUUCCGUCCCACUCGACCGAGUAUUUAGAAGUCUCGGUCAGAUGGACAAGAACACACAUUGAGAAACGGCCUGUAUUUAUAUCUUUGCAGACUGUUUAUGGGACAUUAAAGUUACUGGCACCUGAAUGAACAUCGUCAUCAUUGUGCGAGUGUAACAGUAGCAGCGACUAAUCAGCCAGAAAGAUGAAACCGAUCCAUCUGUUGUGUCUCCUGAUGAUCACUGGAAUGGUCAGCUGUGACAAUAACGGUUUCAUCAGAGUGGUGGCGAGAGUCGGUGAAGACGUGGUUUUACUGUGUUCCCUCAGCCCUGAGGUGGACAUCAUACAGGCUUUGUUUGACUGGAUGAAAGGCCGACAGGAAGUGUUUCUGUAUGACGGUGGCGCUUCUCGGAGUGGAGACCCACAGUUCCAAGGACGAGUGUCUCAUUUUCCAGACAAACUGAAAAAUGGCGACGCCUCCAUCGUCAUCAGAAACAUAACACUGUCUGACAGUGGAAACUACUCCUGCUAUUUCCCACGUCUUCAGCAACAAAGAUUCUUCAUUGAACUUUUAGUUGGUAUAGUUGCAAAGCCACGCGCCAUGAUACUCGACAACACAAAAGACCAGGCGCUGCUGCAGUGUGAGGUUCGUGGGGCUUUUCCAAAACCAAAGAUCUCAUGGAUUGACAGUAAUGGGACCAUCCUUCCUGCUACGGAGAAGCUCGAGGACUCAGAUGGUCUCCACUACCCUCCAGCUCUGACGUUUCAAACCAACGUAACCAAACCCGGCGUCUUCCGCUGUCGAGUCACUCAGGAGGAACUCAACCACACCACUGAAGCUCAGAUUUCCACAAUCAUCUGUAGUGACAAAAAUGACAAAACAGUAACAGGAUCCACUGGAGUACAUGUUGGUGUCGUUCUGCUUUUGGUUGUUGUCAUAUUCAGUUCAGUUGUUGCUGGGAUAUAUUGGAGGUGCUGGAGACCUAACAGAGAGACAAUCCGCGCUAUCUUCUCACGUAAGGCUAAGCGACCUGUCAUGGAGAGUCAAGACAAUCACGAUUCAUCCCUUCAUCCAUCACCUCUCUUGGCAAAUCCUCAAGAAACAAGAGAACCAACUGAAGAAGCAGAACCAGAUGAAGCUUUGAUGACCCCCCUGCAGAAAAGUACUACAAGCCCAAACAACCACUGCCAACCUUUUUUUCAGUAGUCAAAACACUGGAAAAAAGUUCAGAAUGAUUUUCAAGAUACUGCAGGACAGUAUUUCUUAUAUAGACGCCUGAUGUAAACUGUCUCUGAUGUACAAACUGAUUUUUCCUUUGCAUCGUCUCAGUCAGUUUGUUUUUUAAGAGAAAGUCGACAUCAGGUUGUAAUUCUUUAAAGUUCGCUGCUUUGCUGAACUCAGUGACAUUUUCCUGAACUUUCCUGAAUCAGAACACAGGAGAAGUGAAACAUCACUGACAUGUCAAAUGAUUCAAAAUUAGUUAUUACAGAUUCAACAAGUAGAGUGUUUUUGUUAUGAACAAUCCAAAAGAAAUACUUUAGAAAAGCUGUAUUUAAUAUUCAGGUCCCAAAGUAGAAACUCAAUGAAACCAAAGUGAAUCCAGCUGUGAUCACUAAAACUAAACUGAGUCCACCUAUGAGCUGUAUCUGUGUCUGCAUCAUGGCUCCACAUGGAAAAGAAUGAACAGAGGAACUGAAAAUAUGACUGUGAGGCUUCAAGGAUGGAAAAAGAUCCAAGAUCAACUAAACAUCAGUGAACCACAGAGUCAGCAGUAAUCAGGAGGUCUAGAAGGAGUUACUCCUUUUCUAACCCGAAUAUCUCGUCAUAUAAACGCACAUUGGAAUAUCCCCAUAGAAAGAAACGUUAAUUUGCGUUCUGCGCAUGUUUCAUCCAAAAGGACUCUUGGUCUUUUGAGUACUGCAACUACUUGUAUGCCGCGUCUGGCACGUGACCCACCGGAAAUACACAAGGAGAGGUAAACAGACAUGGAGAAACCCACACGUGGCACCACAGCGUCAGCACAGCGUCACACUUUUUUCCAGCUUGUAGAACAUGUUUCAACACUGUAAUUGACAAUAUUUAUUCUGAAAUUAAUUAUUUAACGUUCCAACCAAUUUCCACACAAGCUGACACACCACGGUGGGAAAUUAGCAGCAGCCAGAUACUGGUUUAAUUUGACAUGGUUGGUAGAUUUAAGGCACAAAAUGAUCAUUUACAAUGGAAUGAAUCAUAUUUGGACAUAUCUGUCAGUGGCCUAAAAAGUUAAUUUCACUUCCUGGCGGCUGGCGCACACAUGUUCACUCACACGCUCACGGCUUGUCACGUCAACAAGAACAGCACUGAGAGAGCACAGUACUCCACCAAGACUGUUCAUUACCUGACCUUGUGCUGAAUGCAGGUGUGUGUUCUACAUGUAUACAUACUGAACCACGGGACCUAAAUAUGUAGCUAUAGGACUCAGAAACACCUCCAGAAUUUAAUCAACUGUUCCUUGUAUCAUUUCCGAUACGUCCACAGUGGUAGAUUUGUUGUAGGAUCACAAUCGUGAUCGUCAGCAGGCCAAUAUAAGCUUUGGCUUAUAUUAAAGGGAAAGCCAGCAAAGAGCAGCUGAAAAAAAUAAGAAAUGUGAAAACAAUUGAGCAGAAAUGAGUGAACUUGAGUCUGUGAUCAGAAAUAAAGGAGGACGUAUGAAGUGUUCAAGAACCUCAAUAAUGAAAGGUGGACUGACUUUUGUGGCAUUGAGUUUCACUGUGGAGCCUGAAUUUUAUCUCUGGUAAAUCUAAACUUUUAGUUUUAUAUUUGACAUCAGAGGAAAUACUCUAGAAGUAAUCUGAUUACUGUAGAUGAAGCAGCUUUAAAUCAUUUGACAUUUAGCUGAUCACAUGUAGGUGGUUUCAUUUCUGCUGAGUUCUGGAUGUUAGAGGCCUUUUCUGUGACUCAGGUGGUAGAGGGUUUUCCACUAAUAACAAGGUUGGUGGUUCAAUCCCCGACUUCUCCACAUGCUGAAGUGUCCUUAGGCAAAACACUGAACCACAAGUUGGUCCUGAUGGCAGGCAGCACCUUACAUGGAAGUUCUGUUUCCAUUGGUGUGAAUGAGAAAUAUUAUCAAACACUUUGAGUGUCAAUAAGGAAGAAAACUGCCUUAUAAGUGUAGAUGUAUGUCUGUGUAAGACCUUUUUUAUUCAGAGUUAUUAAGUUAAAGCAGAGAAGUUGUCUGUUUUUGUAUUCUGCCAAAGUUACAGCACUUGAUGAUGUAAAAAUGUUGAUUCUUCAGCCCUCCUGGAGCUAAUAUAACCUCAUUGUUACAGGUUGCCUCAUAUGAACGGAUUUUCUUCUUUUCUAACGUUUUGUCAAAUAUCUAUAAACUUUUAUACUGCAAAGUUUCCAUCCAAAUGUCUUAAAGUUUAGAGUUACAGAGUUUUAGUUAAGAGUUUUGUGAGUCUGUAUCCUGUUGAUGUUUCAAUCGAUGAUUUGCCUUUUUAGUGCAUCGAUGAACUCACAUCAUGCUGCCAUUUAGUUGUAUGUAUAUGUAGCACUAUUUAUUUUUUAUCAGUGCAAUGAGCAUUUUAAAAUUAUUGCUGGAAUUUUUCAGUAAAAAUGUACAGAAAAAUGACAGUGACUGAUGUCAGUGAUGAUGCACUUGUGGUUUUUCUUUUUUUAAAUAACAGUGACAGACUUUGUUUUAUUUUCUUGAUUAUCUUAUCGUGUGUUGUGUUCUUUUCAUGUGUCUUUAUUUAAAUGCUGGACAGAUCUUUUGUAGCACAAACUAUGCAAUUAACAUUUAAUCUGACUUUAAUCUUAAUAUUAUUCACAUUGUCACUGUUGUGAAUACUUUAUCUUUGUCUGCUCACUAGAACUUGCAUUAAAAAAUAAAAAUGUCUGAUUUCCAUCCACA